GAUUUUGCAAUCUUCAAACUCAAACUGUAAGUAGUACAUGUCAUUUCAUCACCAUCAUCAUCAUCAUCUCCUAUUAUAUCUCAUGAUCUUGAAGUAGGCUAUUUAUUGCAGAGUUCUGCUGAUGUAAAUUUUCUCUGUUUAGAUGGAACACCUGACCCUGAAGAGGGCCGCCAAUGGCGGCCUCAUAAUGAAGGCCUCCCAGGAGGCCCAGGCCAUUGGCCCCCCUUUACAGGGCAAAGAAGCCAGAGAAGGUGGAUGCUGAGGCGUGGGUCCACCUCAACUCCGAACGUGGCGCCAUCACCAACGCCACCCUCGUCUUAAGCCGGUGGAAGGUCCAGUUCUGCCGCUACCAGGGCAAGACCUUCCACUGACGUGUGCUAUACCAUCAACCUGUUCGUCUUCUACCAGACGGAGUGAGAGAGGACAGGGUCUCAGUCCCCACUGAUGGCCAACAAGGGGGAGUCCUUCAGUCUGAUUCAUACAAUACAAUUAAUAAAAAAAGAGUGUCCCUCUGUGAACUUACAGGACGCCUUCACCCGCUACUCCUCGGCGUACCCUGACUUUGCGGAGGCAGUCAGGUUCUACCAUGCGGUCGAGGAGGCGCGGGUGAAGUCCCUCCAGCCUGGACAGGAGGGACAGGCCCUUGUUGGCUUCGGGGACUUCAAGUUCGAGACCCUGCAAGCCGUGUACGGAUCUGAGGACCCCAAAAAAUUUGUCAACUACCUCUGGAGGAAGGCACCAGCUCCUGGCACACAGAUGGAGAACGCUGUCCGUUAUGUCCAGAACAGAGACAGACAGAGAGCAAGGGAUGCUGCUGCUGCUUCAACUGCCGCUGCCACCACCACCACGGCUGCAGCCACCAGCUGCAGCAGCAGCAGCACAGCCUCUGUCUCUGCCGCAAGCCAGAGAGUCAGGAGUGCAUCACAGUACGUGUUUUACUCCUCCUCCUUCCAACCAUUCAGUCCAGCUCAGCCCUCAAAACCAUGCGAGGAGCCUUUGGAUGAAGAGCUGGUAACCACUCAUCCACCUCCUGCCCCCACCUCAGCAGGAACAAGGAUGGAGGCUGAUGACUCUGUGCUAGGUGAGCCCACGGAUGAGGAGCUGCUGGAGGCCAUCCUGGAACAAGAACUCCUCAUGAUGCCUCCAGCAGCUUCACCACAGAUGAGCCAGGCCAGCAGAGUUACCAGUUCCCCCACCAUCACCUGUCGCCCUGCCACCACCUGCAACUGCCAUCCUGCCGCCACCUGCAGCUGCUAUUCUGGAGGAAGGAUUAUGGGAGGAGUUGCCCGGGCCUGCCUCCCUCCCUCCCCCACCACCUGCUGA